UGUUGCUACUGUGUUCUACCCUCUACAUCCUUCAAUCAUAGCCUUCUCACGCCGCAACCUCUAGCUACUAGCAACAUUGCUUGCUUUGCUCGUUUGCUUACAAUCUUUAGUCAAUCAUCCAACACACCUUCCAGAAUGCCACCAGGUCCCUGCUUCGACUUCCAACGCGGCCGUUGCCGUCGCGGCACCUACUGUCGAUUCAGCCAUGACACAUCAACGAGCACCGCAAGCUCACCAAGCACCACAAAUCAACAGCUUCGCGAGGAGACUGAAACCGAAGCAGCCUGCCGAAAAUGGACAUACAUGAUUCCCAGACCCAACACGAUUUCCUCACGUUUCGAAGCUGCUGUGGACACCAAAAAGUUCUUCCAGAUGGGCUGGAAUCUCAUUGAAAGCGAGGAUGCGGGAACACGCCAGCACGUCAUCACAAAACUCGGUGCAGAGACGGGACUUGCAAUCAUCAAGACCCUAACGGACAUUAUGGAUGCCAGCCAAAAGCAUGAAACCACCGUCUCGAUAUUUAGAAAUAGAACUCUUCCUUUCUACAGGAUCAUCUCUCACCCCGAUGUGCUAUCCUCCCUAAUUCUGGAAACUCCUGUUGAUACCAUCUACACCUUUCUCUUCGGUCCUAGCGGUCGGCGUGGUCUCAGAGUGUUCCGCUCUACAGCAGCUGCCCUAAGUAGAAUGAUUUUGGGACAUUCUUCAAGCGAUGAGGAAGUCUCUACCGUUGCUAUAUCAUCAAGUCUCGCAGUUCUAGACCGGCUGAUCGAGAUCAACCAGAGUGCCCAAGUCAUCGAAGGCUUUACCGCUAUUAUAGAGACAAUCUCUGCCUGCAUUCCAGAGAAUUUCAUGGUACCGAAUGCACAGCAGAGCCUCACUCGAAUUAGACGUCGUCUCAACAUCGGCUCUUCGUUGCCUCUUGCACUAACCCAAUCAACUCCGCAAAACCUCCUAUCUGCAGCUUUCGAGUUGGCUCAAGACUUGCCCGGAAAUCUUUCCAGCAAGGGCGCUCGACACGAUAACGACCAUGCGAGUAUCGCCGAUAUCCAGAUCCUCCCCACAGCGCGAGAGAUCGCUUCCCCACGACAAGAAUAUCUCCCAUUAAUCGACUCAACACAAAACCACCUGUCAGGUCUCGCCGGACUCCUGGACAGACAAUUUCGGCUCCUCCGCGAAGAUACAGUGGGACAACUACGAGACGCAGUGCGCGAAGAGGUUACAAGGCUAGAACAUCCCAAUCGUAAGGUACCAACAACACACCAAGGUCAGCAAGGCGUUCGGAAGCUCAUCUAUCACAACGUCCGCUUCUCCCGUAUGAGUGUAGAUCGCAGAAAAGGUCUGCAGGUUGUAGCAGAAUUUGACCAACCUCCCCAAAUCAAUAACAAAUCCACCAAGCAGCGAGAAGAAUGGUGGAAAGGAAGCAAGCUUCUGCAAGUCGAUUCACUAGUCUGCUUCGUCUCUUCAAAUGGCAAAAUCAUUUUCCUCUGCGUCUGCGAUCCAAUAUUGCCAUCCCGCGCAAGAAAGGACUCCAAUGCAGACGACAAGACAAAAUUAGAUGAUAUUCCCAGCCUUUUCAGAGAAGCGAAGCGUGCGUCUGUGCUACUGAGCCUGGCUGAAUAUAAAACUCAAGAUGUAGUUUGGAUCAGCACUCAUACUGCAGCUUCCAAAACUCGACAAUCACUCGUUGAGUUUCCGGGGGUGCUUCUACCUUCUUUUCAGCCCACUCUGCAAGCGUUGCAGGAAAUGAGCCGGAAGCUGAGCCUUCCAUUCACGGAGAUCGUAGCACUAGACUCGCAAGCUUCUGCUGCCGUCGUAAAACCUCCAGCAUACGCGACCAAAAGAGGAUUCAGUUUCAACCUUGACGUUCUCGCCGACGUACCGCUGACUCUAAAGCCCGGACAAGCAUUCGACUUCACCAAGCUGGACGGAGGAUCCACGCUCGACGAAGCCCAACAGUUCGCCGUCAUCCAAGCUCUCAGUACAGGGCUAGCUCUCAUCCAAGGCCCGCCAGGUACAGGAAAGAGUUAUACCGGUGUGGCAAUCAUCAAGGCUUUACUCCACAACCGAAAGGCAGCCGACCUAGGUCCCAUCAUCUGUGUAUGCUACACGAAUCAUGCUCUCGACCAGUUGUUAGAACAUUUAGUGAAGGAUGGCGUGAGGCAAGUCAUCCGUGUAGGCUCACGAUCCAAAUCCGAUUUGCUUCAAAAUCUCACUCUCCAUCAUGUACGGGAAGGAGCCAAACCCACGAGGACAGAAAAACAUGAUACGUGGGAACACAAUCGGGAUAUUGACGAGACACUGCGAGAAUUUGAAGAUAUAUUGUCUGGGUUGAAUAAUCCAAAGUCUUGGACAAAUAUCCAAGCCCAUCUCAUGAGGACCCAUAAUCGGCAUUUUAAGGAAUUGUUUGGGAAGGGGGUAGAUGACGAGGGGUUUCAGGAAGUGAAAGGGAAGAAGUUUAGGGUUGUAGAGAGUUGGCUCAGAGGAGCGCCAAAGAAACUCACUUCGAAUCAUCCUGUUGCUCAGCUCUCGGCCAUUUCUCUGAGAGAGAUGUCGGAGUUGGAGCGUGGUGUUCUUCACAAGCAUUGGAUUGAGCAAAGGAGUGCGCAACUCACCAAUGAUCUCAUUCAUGCACUGGAUUCCUACCAUGGUUCCAAAUCCGCGCUGGAUAGAUGUUACAGGGAACUGGAUCUUCGAUGUCUUCGAGAAGCCCACGUUAUCGGCGUGACGACGUCUGGGCUGGCAAGGAACAUCGAGUUGCUCCAGCGCGUGCGAGCAAAAGUCAUGCUUUGCGAAGAAGCUGGAGAAGUUCUCGAGGCACAUACCCUCACUGCAUUCCUACCCGGGGUUGAACAUGCAAUCUUGAUCGGCGAUCACGAACAACUCCGGCCCCAGAUCAACAACUACGAGCUUCAACAUGACAAUCCCCGAGGCAAGAGAUAUUCCCUCGACAUCUCGCUAUUUGAGCGUCUCGUCAGGCCGCAGAUGGGGAAUCUCCAGGUGCCAUUGAGUACAUUGAAGACUCAGCGACGAAUGCAUCCUUCCAUCUCAGAGCUAGUCAGAGUCCCGCUCUAUCAGGACUUACAAGAUCAUCCCUCAGUGUUAGAAUAUCCGGAAGUCGAUGGGAUGCGAGAUCGCUUAUAUUGGCUUGACCAUCAAGAGAAAGAAGACCCGCGACCUACCCAAGCUGUCUCCUUAUCCAGAACCAACACUUUCGAAGUGGAUAUGAUCGCUGCUCUUGUCUCGCAUCUUGUAAGGCAAGGAACGUAUGGGAGUGAGGAUAUUGCAGUUAUUACUCCAUAUCUGGGACAAUUGCAGAAAAUCAAGAAGCGACUCGCGAAUUCCUUCGAGAUCGUUGUUGGGGAUCGAGAUCAAGAAGAGUUGGAAGCUCAGGGACUUCAAGACGACCCGGAAACUUCCACAGAUGGCCAAGUCCAAGUCCAGAAAACGACACUACUCAGUGCUUUGAGGAUUGCUACCGUGGACAACUUCCAAGGCGAAGAGGCAAAAGUUAUUGUCGUCUCCUUAGUUCGGAGCAACGAUGAGCGGAAAUGUGGAUUCUUAAAGACUUCCAAUCGCAUUAAUGUGCUGCUGAGUCGUGCUCGACAUGGGAUGUACAUCAUCGGCAACUCCGCUACCUCGAGGCCUGUUCCCAUGUGGGCUGAAGUACUCUCCAUUUUGGAACACUCAAACAACAUCGGUCCAAGCCUCGCACUAUGCUGUCCUCGACAUAAAGAAACACCCAUUGAAGUCUCAGAGCCGGACGAUUUCGCUAUGUUCGCCCCUGAAGGCGGUUGUGCUAGGAGAUGCUCGUCGAGACUACUCUGUGGGCAUUCCUGUCCUAAUAUGUGCCAUUCUACAUCUUUGCACAAUGCAGUUCGUUGCCUUGAACGCUGCCCAAGAACAAAGAAAGGUUGCGAGCAUGAGUGUCCGAGACCUUGCGGAGAUCUAUGCGAGCCAAAAUGCCAAGUCGUAUUAUUCGACAUCCCUUUACCAUGUGGACACAUCGCCAGGCAGCUGAGAUGUCAUGAAGCGCAGAUACCAGAGGAAGUUCGCUGUCAGGUCCAGAUGGAACAAGUCAUGGAGCAUUGCAAACAUAAAAUCCGAGUCCGUUGUCACGAACUGCCUUUGGAUGUUGAUUACCCCUGUUUAGCAACCUGCGGAGCAGCGCUGACUUGUGGACACAACUGCACGCAUACUUGCAAAGAUUGCAAUACCAGGAUUGACGGUAUGAUUGUUAAGAAGAUACAUGGAGUUUGCAACACCCAGUGUAGAAGACCAUACACGACCUGCAGUCAUAGCUGCAAAGCUCCAUGCCAUGGCGACAUGCCCUGUUCUCUUUGCACGGAACCCUGCGAAGUCAGCUGCAAUCAUUCGAAAUGCAGCAAGCUAUGUCAUGAGCCUUGCGCACCAUGUGCUGAGGAUUGUUCCUGGUCUUGUCCACAUCGCGGACGGUGCCCGUUACCAUGUGCAGUGCCCUGUGAUCUACUACCAUGCUCAGAGCGCUGUGCAAAGAUGUUGGCUUGUGGGCAUCGAUGUCCGUCUAUUUGUGGGGAGGUCUGUCCAGGUGUUGCGUAUUGUCAGAUUUGUGCGCACCCAAUAAUCAAGGGAAUAGUCGUUGACUUUAUUUUGUCAUCCACUUUCGAGGAGGUCGAUCUUGAUGAGAAUCCUUGCAUCGUGCCAUCAUGUGGACACAUCCUCACCCUGGAGAGCAUGGAUGGACACAUGAGCAUGUCAGAUUUCUAUACUACGAAUGGCGAAGGCUCAAUCGUGGACCUGAAGAAUAGCGCCGAACCAUUCUCUGCCUCCGGGAUGAAAAGCUGCCCAACUUGCCGCGGCCCUUUACGAAACCUCAACCGCUACAGCCGUAUCGUUCGUCGAGCAUUGAUCGACGAGGCGACAAAGAAAUUCAUCGUCUGGGCCAACAUGGAAUUCAUCCCUCUAGUCACCAGGAUGCAUGCAAUUGAAGCAGAGCUCCGUGAAAGUAUUGGAGGCAGCCAAAAGGCUUCCGAUACGGCAUCGCCAGAAACUCCUUUGUCAGGACCUCUUCAGUUAAAGGGGAGUCGUGACCAACAAAUCUCCCAGAUCGGAACACUUACGCGAAAAGAGAACCGAUAUAAAAGGAUCAUCGGUCUUCGAAGAGAGAUCAAGAAAUUUCUGCAACAGGUCAAUGAAAAAGAACAACCCUUUGGCCGCAUCUACGACCUCGUUCAAGACGCCCGCAGACAUCGUGGAAUCAAUAUCGAUUUACACUCCAAAGUCGAUAUUCUUCAGGUGCGCAACCGACUUCUUACCACAGUGCUGCUCAUUAGAUGCGACUACACCAUCCUCCUAACUUUCCUCAAUGAUCGGAAAGGCGAGACCAGCGCAAGUUCUCCUAGCGUCCAGGUCGAUUUGAGCAUUAACAGAAAGGAAUGCGAAAAACUGAUAGCAGAAUCCGACUCGAGAAAUCAACCAGGAAACUACGUCGAGGGCCUCCUAUACUGGGCACGGUUUCUCGCCCUCGAGCGGAGCCUCGCAGAGCCUGGAUCAGAGCUCACACAGCUCUUGGACAAGGCCAGGGGACAUCUUCAAUUCGCACACGAAAUAUGUGAUGAAUAUCCCGGCCAAACAGCAGGCAUGAGAAGCGAAGUUGAGGACGUUGAGAAGAUGCUGCGCGAUUCGACAUUCUAUAUACCAGUGAGCAAUGAGGAAAAAGCUGCUGUGUAUGCGGCCAUGGCACAUGACUUUAGAGGCACUGGGCAUUGGUAUUACUGUGAGAAUGGCCACCCAUUUACGAUUGGAGAGUGUGGUAUGCCGAUGGAAACCUCUCAAUGCCCACAAUGUGGUUCUCCGGUUGGUGGACAUGAUCAUCAGGCUAUUGGUGGUGUCAGACCUGCGACGGACUUGGAGCGUCAAUUCGGCGGAGUCAGAAUUUGAUAUUAGAGACAUGGAGUUUAAUGAGAAGAGAGAUGGGAACGAUGAAGACGAACACGGGAACGUUAUCGAGACUGGAAUUUUGUUACUUUGGAUGUUGCACAUUAUUUAUUUGACAGAGGCA